AUGUCUAUAAACAUAACAGAUUAUAAAUAUUUACUAUUUUUAAGAUUAUUAAAAAACAAAUAUAUCAGAAUACAAAUUUUCGAAAAUGUAGUUGACAUUCACAGAAGAAUGUGUGUCGAAUCUUUCAAAUGGGACAUGCUAAAACCAAAAAUCAUUUUAAAAUAUAAUUUAAUAGAUCGAUAUGAAUCAGAGUUCAACAAUCUUUUACAGAAUCUUAUUAAUGACAAAUCAAAAAAACAAAGAUUACAAUCCUAUGUUCGUGAGUGGCCAACCAUCGUUAAGUUAAGGCACUAUGAAUUAGCAAAGACAAUCUAUCACAAUAUCAACAAGUAUUAUACCAACAGAUUUUUUAACAGCGAUAUACAUGAUCUAACAGUCUAUGUUGCAUGUCUGGAUGGUGAUAUAGAUGUACUCAGAUUCCUCCACAAAAACUGUGAGCCAAAAUCUAAAUGGAGUCAGAAAUGUGUGUUGUAUGCAGCGGUCAAGAGUGAUGUAGAUGUACUGCUAUUCCUCUUCCAGGGAGAGAAUAACUUCCAAAUGUCCGACAAGAUAUUCAAUACCGCUGCAAUAAAUGGUAAUCUCAGUGUUCUCAAAUGGUACUACGACAAUAGGAUUGUCGAAAGGAUGUCAACUGAUCAUCAUCUCGGACUGGCAUCGACUAGUAGACACUUGGAAACAGUCGAAUUCUUGUUGGAUCGUGAUAAAGAGUUGGUGGUAUCUAAAAUGACUCUGUGUAAUUCAAUAAACAAUGGUCAUUGCGAUGCAUUUAAACUAUUGUAUCAAAGAAGAGGUUGUGAAUGUAAUCACUAUUCUCUGAGACAGAUUGUCGAUAGCCAGAAUGUAGAUCUCAUCGAAUUCAUAUAUCAACAUCGAUCGGAGAAAUUGGGUGAUCCGUUCCAACACUAUAGAUCUGAUCGAUUCUUCAAAGCGAUUGAAAUGAACAACUCAAAGAUGUUGGAAAUAUUCAUACGAGAGACAGUCAAUAAUGUUAAAAGUUUAUCUAUGAUCUUUGGAUCAAAAACAACAAAAAAGAUAACAUCAACAAAAAAGAAUAUAGUAACAAAGAUCAUUUUAAAACUAGAAUUGUUAAAAGAACAAUAUAACAAUGAUAAUAAUAAUAAUCAUCAUGAAGAAUCAAACUUUUCAUUUGAUGAAAUCAUUAAUAAACUUUAA